AUGAAGUUCAACCAAUUAAUAAGCUGGUCACUAUUAUCAACAUUAGUCACAUCACAAUCAAUAUUUACUACGAUAUAUGAGGUCAACCCACAAAAUUUAGAUAUAAACAGUCCAAUUCCAAAUUUAAAUUCAAAAGAUUCACAAAUUUAUUUUGAUAAUUUGGUUGGAAAAGAUACAUCACAUUCAAAAUUAUCAUUAGAAUUAAUUGAUUUAGUAAAUGAUCAAAUUGAUGAUGUUUCAAACAUUCAAAAGCCAAAAUUAAUAAUAAACUUAGCAGGUGAUGUUGAUUUACAAAGUAAAGAAAUUAAACCAAUUUUUCAAACUUCAAAUUCUUUAAAAACUUACUUUAAAAACUUUAAGUAUGGACAUAAGAAACAAUUAUCAAAUGAGAUAAUAUCAUUUGGUGAAUUUCAAGAUGAUUCUAUAAAAGAAUUUUUUAAAUAUUUUAAUGAAAAAGCACAAGCAAUUUGGUCAAAUUUUAAAUCUCAAAAUCAAAAAAUUAUAAAAACUUAUAAUCCAACAAAUGAUAAAUUAUUUAUUAAUGAAAUAUCAUCAUUAAAACAUUUACAAGAUUAUGCAACUUCUAAAUCAUCAGUAGAAUCAAAAAAUCAAGUAUAUAUAGUAAAUUUUAAUUCAUUAUUAUCCAUAGCUAGAAAAAUCGGUAAAAAUUCCCAAACUUAUAUACAUCAACAACAAUCUUUAGAGAACUUAUUAGUAAAUGAAAUGUCCAAAUUUUACCAUAUUUUUAUAAUUUCAAACCCCUCCAUAAAUCAAGAUAUUUCUCAUUUACAAAAAAGAGCAGAACAAUCUCCAAUUUUUAAUUUAAAAAAUUAUGGAACUAAACAGGCUUGUGAAAUAGGUACAAACAAUUGUAAUAAUCAUGGUCAAUGUACUCAAUUAAAGGAACAAUGGAGUUGUGUUUGUUCACCAUCUUUUAAUAAAACUACAUCAAAAACUACUGUAUGGGUUGGAUCAGAUUGUAAUAAAAAAGAUGUUUCUGUACCUGCAAAUUUAUUUUUAUGGACUACUAUUGCUCUUGUUUUAUUAAUUGUUGGUGGUAUUCAAUUAUUAGCUAGUGUUGGAUCUGAUCCAUUACCUGGUGUAUUAGAUGCUGCUACUUUAUCUACUAGUAAGAAGAAUAUUUAA